GACCACAGAACCAUCCGUGGAUUUGUUACUGAGAUUCCCUUAUAUGUCUGUUUGUAUUGGUGUUAAAAGGUGGGUUGGGUUUCAUUUUUACUCUCAUGUUUCAAAGCUAUGUAUUUGCUUAUUAACACUAUUUAGAAAAAGCUUUUCUCCGCGAAGGUUAAAUUUCUUUAUAUACUCCACACAGGCAUCAUAUCGAUAGCAUUGGCACGUGCCAGUGUCGGAUCGAUACUCGCAUGACCAGAUAGAGAGUUUUCAAUUCUGUUCUGUUUCCAUUAACACAUAUUUUUGUUUUUGUUGUUGUAUUGUUACAUUGUUGUAUUCAUAUAUUGUUACAUUUAGUCCUUUGGGGGCCCAAGGCAAACUCGGUAAGAGGGGUCCGGCCGCAUCUUUGUACUGCACUGACAUUGUCACCUCAACGCAGGGUCUUCAACGUGGGUAGCAACAAAUGGGACACUUUUCCUGCUUUUGAAAUCUGGUAGUUAUCCGUCAGCUUAAAGUGCUCCUGAUGCCAAAACACAUGUUAAUGUUAUUUUUGCAAUGAAAAAUUAAACAUUGAAAGGCACAUUUCUUAGGUUAGAUGUAUGCUCGAUUGUUGACUUUUGUCAAGUUUUUAUCACUAAAAAUGCUCUCUUUCAGGAGUCUUUUGCAGAAUGCGGACGUGACGUCACACACAUAACCCUCCCAUCCAUUGUUUCAAGUGUCUUCGUGUUGUGGUGGCACAUAUUUUGUUGAAUUUCUAUACAUAUUUUUGAUAUUAUGCCUGAGCGUUGUGUGGCAGGCUUUUGCUCAAACACUCGAGCAGAUGGAGUAAGCUUGUUCACCUUUCCAAAAGACCCAAUUCGCCGCAACAAAUGGACCAGGCAAGUGCAACGGACCCGGGCAAAAUGGAUACCAUCAAAUUCGUCGGUAUUGUGCUCGGCACACUUCGAGGACAAUUGUUUUGAUACGACUCCUCAGUUAAAGGAAAGUUUUGGACUGGGUGUGUAUUGGCGGAGGGUGCUUCUACCAUCAGCUAUCCCAACCAUUUUUCCUCAACCCAGACCGAGUGCGAGUCAAAACACAAGCACCGAUGCAGACGGCAAUAGAAAAAGUAAAAAACCAAGAAGAUGCUCGACCGUGGACAAGCGUGCCAAGGUGGCAUUGCUGCUUUGUCAACAAGUGGAGACAGCUCUGGCUUCGCAAACUGAUACAGUGCCAGCCGACAGUGCUUACCGCCUUGAAGAUACACACAGGGAUGCCGCAGCCCAGGUUGCAACUGAAAUUAGGCCACCCUCACGGACUGAUGUGACUCAGUAUUGGCAAAGACGUCCCUGUAAAGACGUCAGUGAUCAGCUGGAGAGGAACUCCAGGAUGGAACACAUUAAAAAGGAAGAGGAGGAUGUGGAGCCACAAACCCUCAACAUUAAAGAGGAAGAGGAUGAUCCACAGCAUCCCCACAUUAAAGAGGAAGAGGAGGAUCACAGCAUCAGUCAGGAGGGAGAGCAUCUUGAAGGACUGGAGGAGUUCAAAGUGAUUGUUGUCCCUGUGAAGAGUGAGGAUGAUGAAGGUGAAAGUGAGGAGAAGAGAGAAGUGGAGCCUCCAAGCAGCAGCUCAACUCAACACAUGACAACAGAAGCUGAUGGAGACCACUGUGGAGGAUCACAAGCACACAACCUCUUAGCUCCACUAUCAGAUAGCGACGACAUAACGUCACACUCUUCUGACACUGAUGACGACGACGACCCUGAAGCUGAUAUGACAUGUCACACUGACAACACACGCUACUCUCAGCGGUCACAUUUGAAAGAACACACAAAAAUACACACUGGAGAGAAACCGUUCCCUUGCAUGCUGUGUGGUAAAAGAUUCUCUCGGCGGUCAAAUUUGAACAAGCACAUAAAAUUACACACUGGAGAGAAACCUUUUCCUUGCAUGCUGUGUGGUAAAAGAUUCUCUCGGCGGUCAAAUUUGAACAAACACAUAAAAUUACACACUGGAGUGAAACCUUUUCCUUGCAUGCUGUGUGGUAAAAGUUUCUCUCAGCGGUCACAUUUGAAAGAACACACAACAAUACACACUGGAGAGAAACCUUUUUCUUGCAUCGUGUGCGGGAGAAGAUUUAAUCGAAAAAGCGAUUUAAAAACGCACACAAGAAUACAUACUGGAGAGAAACCUUUUCUCUGCACGGUGUGUGGUAAAAGUUUUUCGAGAAAGAUAUCUUUGAUCAGACACACAAGAAUACACACUAGAGAAAAAAACCUUUCUUGUUCAAUGUGUGUUCAGCGAUUCACAAAUAGUACCAGCUUGACUAAACACAUAUUAAGAAUCCACACUGUGGAGUAACUUUUUGAAAGGAUGCAUCCAGUUGGAUUUCAAAAGAAGAAGAUAAAUUAAUUACAGUAUUUCUAAAAUUUUUUGCAACAUUAGUUUCAUUUAUCAAAUGUAUCACUUCUCCUUUUAGACAUCACAAGUGUAUCGUUGACCUUUUUAUGUUUCCAUAUAAAGUGAGCCUGUUGAAAGUAGUAGGCUACUUGUAGUAAAUUCUCCAAUUCUCUGUUUAAAUUUAGUGUGGGCACUGUUCGGGGCGGUCUUCGUGGGGGUUUUUUUCACACCGGGCAGAUUGUAAGGCAGCUAGGGGUCCUUUGCAGGACCACAGAGCAGUGUUGCCUGUCACCAACCAAUCCGUCCCGCAAACGGUCCUAUGUCACUUCCUCCUUUAGGAAAUUUCUGCGACAUCACGUGGUGUGGUAGUUGAUUUUUUUAAAUGUAUGAACAUAAAUGGUCAAUAACCAUACUUCAUAUACACUAAGUCCCCGACUAACAAACACAAUUGGUUCCAGACGACCGUUCUUAAGUCGAAUUGUUCUUAAGUAGGGGAAAAGGUAAAAUUACCAAUGAUAUAGGUAUUACAUGUACGUAUAUACAUAUACAGUAUAUGUGUGUGUAUGUAUGUAAAUAUGAGUUUGGAUGCAAUAGUAAUAUUAAACCAGGAUAAUUAAUGAAAAAAACAAUAAUAAAAGUGAUAUAAUACGUAAUGAUAAAUGUUAUUUACCUUUGAAGAGGAGUGGUCGAGAAUACGUCGUCGUGGUGGAGGAGGAGGAGUUAUUGAAAAAAAGGACAAAUUGUCAUCGUUAGACUCUUCUAAAAGAGGUAGUGUUCUGUGGGUGGUGUAGAAUUAAGCAGGCCUAUUAACUCUUCAUAAACUUUAAUCACACGCACUGUCCGGGUUGUAUCAUAAAACUCAUAGCCUUCCUCUCUCCUCUUCCUCGUCUUCCUGUAUCUGUUGGUCCCAUUAGCAGUGUCACAGUGCCCUCUGCUGGUCAAGCAUGUAGCAGUAUAAAUAUGGGUUUGCCGGUCAAGCAUGUAGCAGUAUAAAUAUGGACUUAUAAGGCAAAACACAUGAAAAAAUAGACCAAUCGGCUUGUGUUCGUAUCUCCCGAGUGUUCACACGUUGGAUGUUCGUUAGUAGGGGACUUAGUGUAUAUAAUAUAUUUGGGGGUUAUUUUAAUCAUAAUUAUUAUUAAAAGAGUUCGUUAGCAUGCGUAUGUUUCUAUCGUGUAAUGACUGUCACUACGCGAUACUACCGGAAAAGCAAUCAGUUUUACGCAUGUGCAGAACGUGUCUACAUCCGGUUGGCCUAUUUUUCGGUAGUCACAUGCGCCUAUUUUACGGAAUAUACGUUCCCCCCCCCCCCCCCCCCCCCCACACACACACACACACACACACAAAAACGUUAAGAUUUGAGAAAUUACAACAUACUGCAAUUGAUCUUUUUUUCUUUUCCCAUAUCCAUGGGGCAAGUGGAUCAUUUAUAAGCCCUCUUUUCUUGGUUCCAUAUUAAGUUUUUUCUUCGCCACUGAAAAAAAUCCAAUUUGCUAGGAAGAUACAUUAUGUUUGGAUGGACGGUAUUUCUCUGUUUAGAAAAAAAAAUAGCUGAAUCCUCGAGAUUAAUCCAUCAUUGCAAUCUGUUAUGGUUGUUUACAUUCAAAUAAAACUGCAUUUAAUGUGUUUUAUUCUAUUUAUGUUUGUUAUAUGUAACCGGAUAUGACGUUUACGUGUUUACGUAGCUCAGUCUUGGUGGAUGUCAUAAGAUGAUAGAAACAUCCGCAUGCUAACGAACUCUUUUGAUAAGAGUUUAAAAUAACCCCCAACAUAUUACAUAUAUUGAGUAUGAGUAUUGACCGUUUACGUUCAUACAUUUAAAUAACCACCACACCAUGUGACGUCGCAGAAGCGCUGUCAUAAAAAUUUGCUGAAGGAGGAAGUGACGUAGAUCUCGCGCAUGCGUAGAACCAACUGCGUUUCCGGGACGGAUUGAGUAGUGACAAUGACAUCCGCCAAGACUGAGCUAUGUAAAAAAAAGUUACGCAAUGCACAUGCACAGCCCUGUUUUUCUGUGCUGUUUCGCCACCUCGGUGCUAAUACGCGUGCACCACCCACGUCACACUGAGAAUCCAUACGGCUCACAGAGGGAAAAGUUGCAUAUUUGAUUCUGACGACGCCUAAACAAGCAGGCAAAGUAUUUUUCACGUGUUGACAUCGACUUUGUAUCGAAGUACAACUCUACAGCAGCAACAGCAUAAGUGAUAAGAAAAAGGUGUCCUGCUGAGGGCAUCCUUAAAACCUUUUGGUUUCAAAUUGCUAUGUUGUUUAAAUUCGCCAACUCAACUCAACUCAACAAUAAUUUUACUUUCACAACAGCUCGUUGUUUAUUGUCCUUCAGAAGAUCUUUGACCACAAAUGAAAAUAUCCCUCAGGCUUUUGGAGCUUCCUUUUAACAACAUUUCCUACAAACACGUGAUGUACAAUGUGUUUAUAAGCGGUUCAGUCAGUCGAACUGUUAACAGUUGCUUAACUUCUUUUUCCACUUGUAUGACAAUUACGAAUGUUAAAAUGUAAUUUCAAACAUUGCCUGUGCCAGAUGCAACUUUCAUCUUUGUUAUUCUAUUUACAGAGAAACUAUCUCAGCAGCAAGAUGCCUGUAUCUACAGCACAUGUAUAACAAAAGAUAUCUGUUCAUUUGUAUACAAAUCUGUUAUCUUUUGUUAGCGGCUAGUUAUUUAGGGAAAAAAGUGAAUUGUUUGAUGGCUUUGGUUUGCAUCCUGAACUCCACUAUAGAAAUGUGUGUUUUCUACACUUCUGCCUGUUAAAUUAUUAUUUCAU